GUUUGCGGCAUACCCACCACCGUUUAUUUUCCCAUUUUCCUUAUGUUGUUGUUCUGUGUUCAUCGUUGUCAAAAUAAAAAUCGUGGUGUUAACAAACUCUGUUCUUCAACACCUUGAAUUAAUAAUUAUGUUUUAACCAUAAACUAUUUAAUAUUUUUUAAAUUAAAUUAUUUAGCAUAGUGGUUCCAGUAUUUAAUCAUGAAACUAGUAAUCCCAGAAAUAUCGUGGCACAAUCGUGACCCAGUGCUCAGUGUUCACUUCCAACCUAUUCGUCAAGACGAAUAUUAUCGACUGGCUACUGGUGGAUCAGAUUCCCAUGUUUUUAUAUGGCGAAUUAAAAUAGAAGGUUCAAAUGUAAAUGUUGAGUUUGCAGCAGACUUGACUAAACAUCAGAAAGCUGUGAAUGCCGUACGUUUUUCCCCAGAUGGGCAAUGGUUAGCGACAGGAGAUGAUGAAUCUGUUAUUGUUCUAUGGAAAUUCAAACCUGAAAAUUGUCCUGAUCAUAGACCAGAUUUGUUAGAGGAUAGUGAAUCAAAAGAUCUUGAAAAAUGGGUGUGCCAUAGUAUAUUAAGAGGCCAUUUAGAAGAUGUUUAUGAUUUAUCAUGGUCACCUGAUUCUAAACGACUUAUAUCUGGUGGUGUAGAUAAUAAAGCAAUUAUUUGGGAUGUCGAUUCUGGACGCUACAAAGCUAUGCUUGAUGAUCACAAAGGUUUUGUUCAGGGUGUUGCUUGGGAUCCAUUAAACGUGUAUGCAGCUACUUUGAGUAGUGACAGGACAUUAAGAAUAUUUAAUACAUCAAAUAACAAACUUUUAACAAGAUGUGACAAAGCAGUUCCUUUAGGUAAAAAGGUAGACGGCGAUGAAGUAAAAACUAGACUAUUCCACGAUGAUACUCUGAAAUCGUUUUUUCGACGUUUAUCAUUUUCACCCGAUGGCCAAAUUUUAGUGACUUCAUCUGGAAUUUUAGAAUCUAUUGAUGAGGAAAAUAAAUCAAAGCGUACUACAAAUGUCAGUUAUGUGUUUGCUAGAAAAUCGUUUUCUAAGCCCGUACUUUAUGUUCCUUCAUUAGACCAGUACUCUGUAGCUAUUCAGUUUUCACCAAUUUUGUACAAACUCAAAGAUGAUACUAAAUCAGUUUUUGAUUUACCUUAUCGGAUGAUUUAUGCUAUUGCUACUAAUUCUAGUAUUUUACUGAUGGACACACAACAUGCCGUACCAUUUGCUUACAUUGGAGAUAUCCACUACACUCGUUUGACGGAUCUUUCAUGGUCUCCAGAUGGUCAGCUACUUAUUGUAUCUUCGUCGGAUGGAUUUUGUUCAAUAAUAACUUUUAGUCAGGAAGAACUAGGUGUUCCAUUUAUAGACAAAUCAAUAAAAAUUAACGAGUCUGUUUGUCAAGAAGUAGAAGAUCUUAUUAAAGAAGAUGCAAAAUUAUUGCCAACAAAAGAAGAAGAAAAAAACAAUCCAUCUAUAGAUCUAGCAGAACCUCCGACUAAGAAAAGAGUUCAAUUAGUAACAAUUUCUAGUCCCAAAAACAAAAAACAUUUAAACAAGUAAUAAUGAGAUUUGUAAUCAUUUUUAUAUUUAUUUUGUAACAUUAACAUUUAUUGAUUUACACAAUAUUAAAAAUAAUUUAUAUUUUACUAAAAUA